UUCAAAUUGAUACCAAGCUGCUUCGUUUUGUUUGUUUUGUUUUCAGUGCAUGGGGUCAACGACAAAAGUUUUCAAGACCGAUGGCAUUGGUUGGUUGCCAGAUGUUCAAGACACCAGAUGUGAAGUCAAUCCCUCUCCGCCUUCGAGUAGUUCACCAUCUUUGCCCAAACUCUUGGAAUGCCCUCAGCGCAGUCCAAGAGUUUCGCCUUCGCAUGUAGCUAUAGCAGCUACACAGGAUGCACCUGUGCCUCCUGUGCCGGAUCACUCCAAGAGUGCAUUGGCAAAGCGGCGGAGCAUGUCUUUGCUUUCCAGCCAGUCCGAGACCCACAUAAAGGCUUACCAGAUGAGAAAAAGCUUCACGCGACCCAAGAAUUGGGUGCUGCUUUUUGGCUGGUUCUUGGCAUCUUGUGCAGGAUUUGUCAACACCGUAACGUACCUGAAAUGGCAGAUGUUUGUGUCUCACAUGACAGGCACCUCUACAAAGAUAGGGAUGCACCUUGAGGGCUAUGAUAAUGGCGACAACACCCACUGGGAAGUGUGCAAGGCUGUUGGCUUGGUGAUUGCCUUUGUGCUGGGAGCCUUCACAUGUGGAUUGCUUAUAGACAAGAAUCAGGUUCACUUUGGAGGGAAGUCCUGGUAUGGCUUGGCUUUGGUGCUCAAUGGAGUGCUUCUGAUCACUGCGACGUUACUCCCAGAGAUGCCAACCACAUCUUGUUAUUUGUCUGCUAUGGCCAGUGGUCUACAGAAUGCCAUGUGCACCUCGCAUUUCGGUGCAGUUGUUCGGACCACCCAUGUUACUGGGACUUUGACCGACAUUGGGUCCAUCCUGGGACGCAUUGCAGUGAUGUAUAUUCGGAAAGGCUGCCGUGGAUCUCGCUUUAAUGUGCUGGAGAAGGCGGAACGCGGUGUGGACUUGCGGAAGCUGUUGGUGCUUCUUCCGAUGUGGAUCUUCUUUCUACUGGGCACAAUUUUUGGCGCUUUUGCUGAGCGGCUCCUGGACAAAGAUGCUCUUUUUAUUCCGGCCUUUGCCACAACAUUCCUUGGAGUCGUGUACAUGACCUUAAGGCAGGUUUUGUCAGACUUGUUUCAGAGAUUGGAGAAGCAGUCGUUGCGUGAGCGAUUGCGGGAAGUGCACUGUGCCUUCGCGCGUGCAGGGACCAGGAUUGCCGAAGGUGAAUCCGACGAAUUGGACGAGAUCGAUGAAGAGAUCGGCGAGAUCAUGCUAACUCUGGGUGAGGUGGAGACGACCGCGGGAAACACUCAAGUAAACUGAGAUGGAGACUCUCCGGUUUCACUGUGCCAUAAAGGUCGCACUUUGUCAGUGCAGAACUCCCCAUUAUGAUAUGCCUUCACGGAGGCUGUUUUGAAGCCAUUUGGCCGCUCGCAAUUGGUGAUCAAGACCCCGAGGUCCGCAUUGUGCCCAACAUCCAUAUCCG